AUGAUCCUGGCCAAUGAUCCCGAUGCUGAUCGUUUUUGUGCUGCUGAAUGGACCGGAUCUAAUUGGAAAACGUUUUCUGGUGACCAGAUUGGCGCCGUCUUUGCUUGCUGGACUUUGCAGAACUUCAAAAAAUUAGGGACAACGUCGGAUCGUAUCGCAAUGCUCUCUUCCACCGUAUCAUCUCACUUGGUGGCCCAAAUCGCUCGUCAGGAAGGCUUUAAAUUCAAAGAAACAUUGACCGGGUUCAAGAACAUUGGCAAUGAAGCAUUGAAUCUUGAGAAGGAGGGAUACAAAGUCCUGUUUGCAUAUGAAGAAGCUCUUGGAUACAUGUUUGAGACCGGGAUCUUUGACAAGGAUGGGCUUGCUUCCAUAGUGGUAUGGGCAGAACUUGCCACUGAACUAGCUCAGCGCGGCAGUUCGGUUGCGGAGUAUUUAGAGAAUAUUUAUAAGACUUACGGUUACUUUGCGACCAACAACGGCUAUUUUGUCUGCAAGGAUCCGUCUGCCGUCAAAGCCAAAUUCGACAGCUUGCGUUUCGGGGAGCCAUCUGAAGGAAAGCCCGACCACUUCAGUCGAUCGAUGAUGCUGGAUCAACUCCGCUAUCCUAGCGCCUUGGCGGGCUAUCCAAUCACUCGCAUUCGGGAUCUGACCAUCGCCUAUGAUGACAGUUAUCCACCCCAAUGUCUGCCCGACCUGCCUUCAUCAUCCGAUGAGAUGAUCACCUUUUACUUCGGAGGUGAAGCAGGAGAGGUGAUUGCUACUCUAAGGACCAGCGGCACCGAGUCUUGGAAGCUCAAAUAUUAUGUGGAGGGCAGGGCUGAAGACCAACUGACUGCUCAGAAGAAAGUCGACCAAAUCGUCGCCGCUCUCGGCGAAGAGUGGGGUUUCUCUAAUCUAUGA